GCCACUGCAGCACCAACAGCAGCAGCAGCGUCUCCUUUUUACCAUCGUUCUUCUGGGCCCGUCGAAGACUUUGCUAGGAAUGGAUGCAGUGACUGUGUACCACGGCAAAAUCAGCAGGGAGACCGGGGAGAAGCUCUUACUCGCUACAGGACUGGAUGGAAGUUAUCUGCUGCGAGACAGCGAGAGUGUCCCUGGCGUGUACUGCCUGUGUGUUUUGUAUCAAGGUUACAUCUAUACAUAUCGAGUGUCCCAGACAGAAACAGGUUCUUGGAGUGCUGAGACAGCACCCGGGGUACAUAAAAGAUUUUUCCGGAAAGUAAAAAAUCUCAUUUCAGCGUUUCAGAAACCAGAUCAAGGCAUUGUCACACCUCUGCAGUAUCCGGUUGAAAAGUCCUCAGCUAGGAGUUCACAAAGUACCACAGGGAGAAGAGAUUCUGAUAUCUGCCUGAAAGCUCCAUGAAGAAGAGUAACUCACUCUGUACUUUAUUUUCAAUAAUUUAAGUAUGUGCCAAGUCUUGUAUAUUGUAGAUAAUACAGUUCAGCGAGCUGCAAAUGCCUUUUAAACACGACUCUAGUCCUGUAAUAGCAUCUCGCCUGAUGUCAAAGCUGCAAGUGGACGUGGUAGAUAACAAGUGCUUUAAAGUGCGGAUUGGAAAACCAAAUCCCUUAGGGUAUUUUUAGUUGCCAUAUUUACAAAUGAGAAACAAUUUAAAAGCACAAUGAAGACUUUACAGAAGAUUAAUGGCGAUUCUCGCCAAAUGUAAAUAAAAUAAUCUCUU